AUGCAUAAUUCAGAUUUGUCUAAUACCAUCCCAGGGCUAUAUCGUUUACUCGAUUUGUGUAAAGAUGAUGGAUCAAACGGACGCGUUGACAAGAUAAUCAUUUCUACUGAGUCGUUGAAAAAACUUUGCAACGAUUUAAAGCCAGAUAGCUUCAAGUCGAUUUCUAAUAUCGAUUACGCAAAAUUGAAUCAUACCAAGUUAAAGCUCAUUGGUUGUUAUGGUAACCAUGUAUUAAUCGCGAACCUUUUAUUGAGGAAUAAUAUAAUUAAUAAACAAAUCUAUAACUACCUUACCUGUUUGGAUUCUUCUGAUGCUAAUCAGGCCCAUGAGGGUAAACCUACUCUUCGUCCUGGAAUUUAUCUGCUUAGAGUAAACGUUGACUUAGGUCUAGUGAUUCAUUGGCCUGAACUUGGAUGUUAUGAAGAAAAUGCACCUUCUCAUAAAAAGAAAAAUAUGAUAAAUUUGCACAGAUAUCUUACUAAACUUACAGACCAUCAAAUUUGCUUAAUAAGUGAAAGAACAGGUGUUGAGUUUGAAGUCAUGAAGAGUCAGGAAGAAAAAGAAGAUUUUAUACCUUAUCCUGGAUUUAAGAUCAAGUUGCCUUCUGAAAUUAAGCGUGAAAUUGAUGUUGAUAAUACUGAUUGCCCGUUACCAUUUAUCAUCGAGUCAACUUUUCAUCAGGCAUUUGCUACAGUGAAGAAAGUGCGAGCAAAAUCAAAAACUAAUAAAUAUUAUAAAACUGUUCGUUCUGAAUCCGAAUUUCACAAAAUUAUUGAAGGUCAUACACUUCUCAUAGCCCGUGAAAUGCGUGUUGAUUAUUUGAAAAGGUUAAUUAAAUUUGGAUUUGUUGAGUUGGAAAAUGAACUCUUAAGCCCAUUGAACGAUGCAUUGGCAGCCGAAAGAUUAGCUCUAGAGAAAAGAAAAGGAAAUGAAAGAAAUAUUAUUAGUGAAGACGGAAAAAUUAUCGAAAAUAUGUUUUGGAAUAAGUUAAAAGAAACAUACAGUGCUUUUGAAGAUUUUAUUUCUACAAACAAGACUAAUAGCUCUCAUAUGCCAAUUGAUGGAGUUUCAGAAAUCCAAAACGACACAGAUACACAGCUCGUUGUUGAAGGAAAUGAAACAGUUCAAGAUAAUAAUGAUAGAAAUGAGGCAAUUAAAGAGUUGUAUAAAUUAUUAGUUAACCAAGAGACUGAUUUUCACAAAAUAGUAACGAAAUAUUUCCAGGAACAGAAAAAAAAAAGUCAACAUAAAGAUGACACAAAUGAAUUUUUUUUGUCAAAAUUUCUUAAAAAAAUUUUUACCUUUGAUGAUUUUAAUAUUAGAGACAUUAUUUCAAACAUAGAUACUAGAAUUAAACAGAAAACUGAUAGUCACUUUAUUCAGGACCUCCAUAGUUAUAAGUUUGAGAAUGUUGACGAAAUCACGAAACAUCAGAUUACAUCUCGCUUUUUAGAUGCAUAUCAAGAAUGGAGAAAUGAUACAUUCUACUCAAAGAUGAAAAAAAGUAUACCAAAAUAUUCCGAUAAAUCAAAAGAUAUUAAUUCAAGGCUAGAAGAUGAAAGUAAAUUAAAUCAAAAACAAAUUAAUGAUAGGGAAUUUCCCAGAAUUUUUUCCUACGGUAACGGUCUCGUUGUUACUUAUCAUUUAGAAGAAAUUGAACCUGAACAAUUACAAUAUACAAUCUAUAAUACAAGUCUUGAUCAAAGUGACAUUCUGAAUUUGAGGCAGGAUGAAUUACAUGUUUCUAAUCCCACAAUUGACAUGUAUCAUCAUAAUAAUUGUUUUUCCUUUCUAAUUAAUCCGCAAACCUAUGAGCUAAGAAAAAUAGCAUUAUUUGAAAACAAUAAAUACUUUAUUGCCCUAUGGAAUAUCAAUCAAAAACGGCUUGAAAUUUAUUACGAAACUUUGAAAAGAACAUUAUAUAAUCCAAUUCAAUUAGAAGAAACUGUAUAUAGAAAGCCUAAGACUUUACAUCCAGAAGAACAAUGUCUUAUCGCAUUAGACGUUUAUGUCAUUGAUGAAAGCCAACAAUUUUAUAAACGAACUGGAGGUGUUCAAAUUUGUGCAUGGUAUGGUAAUAACAUACCUGAUGUCAAAUUUUUAUUCUUCAUCAAAGACAAAGAAGAAAUUUGCUUUGUACAAACCGAUGGUCAGGCAAGGAUAUUUAAUUUGGUCACCAACCAGUUUUUGCCAGGAACAGCUCAUUUUCCAGAGAAUGCUAGUAAUAUUGUCUGCACUCCAGAUGGCUCUUGUAUUGUAGCUUUUGUUGAAGAAAAUGUAUCAGGAGAAAAUGCAUCAGAAGAAAAUCCAUCAAAUGAAAAUCCAUCAAGCGAAGAUAUACUUAAUGAGCAGGAUAAUGAGUCUGACAUAUCGAUUAGUGAUACAGCUUCAAAUAGUGAUACAGAAGAUUCAACUAAUGAGCCUAACAACACACACGAAUUAGCAAUAAAACGUGCAUAUAUUUAUUUUUCUUCAGGUUUUGGAAGACCAGCUAGUAAAGUAAUUCAAUUGCCCCCAAUUAUAUCAACCUUGGAGUUUAUUCAAUUUUCUUGCAUUGAAAAUCAAAUUAAUCUUACAACAUUUGAUAUACAUGCAGGAAUAUUUCAAUCCCUAAUUAUUAGAAUUACGCAUGAGAAAACACAAUACAGUUUUCAACAAAAAUUUAAUAAACGAUCACUUGGAAAAGUUAGAGCAAUUAAAAAUUCUUCUCGAGAUAUGGAACUAGAAGGCGAUGAUACUUCAUUUAUGCGUGAUGUCAAAAAAGGAGAAAAUCUUGUUAUUAUGGGAGAAAAAAGAAUUGUUUUGAAAGUAUAUUCUGAUAUAAAGCUGAAAGUUUCUGGGAUAUUUCAGUGUAUGAUUGGCAUUGAUUCUUGGAUGGAAUUUCGUAUUGAACCUAAGACGAAGCUUAAUGGAUUCGUCGAUGCAUAUAAAUCAAUGUUUGAAAAGUAUCCCAUUGAUAAUAUUAUAGAUCCAGAUCAAAAUCGCACAUUAAAUUUACAAAUAGCAUUAGAAUUAAAGGAUAAUGAAAAGAUAUCAAAUUAUGAAAAUAAAUUUCAAGAUUAUGUAGCAGAUAUGUUUGAAGAAUUAAAAAGAUCAACAAACAAACCUGCAACUUCUAUAAAGCGAUUUGUAUUAUCAUGUUUAUCUUUUUCGGAUUUUGAUCUAGAGGACUUGAAUGAUGAAUUAAGUGAUCUUAAGAAAAAUCAAUUAGGAGAAUGGAUAAUUCAACUUUGCAUUUUGAUUCCAAUACAAAUUGCUGUUGCAAGAAACAAUAUAUUUCAGCCACUUUGCAAUGGUUUAACAUCAUUUGAUGCAGAACUUGUUAAUUCAGGGGCAUUAAGUGUUGAUGGAAUUGCACAGAAUAUUAGUUUUGGAUGGUAUGAGGGAAUAUUUAAAUAUUUUGGCGAUAGGCUAGUAAAAGUUGUUUCAAGCAUGGGAGAACAAUAUAUGUUAAACCAUUUAAUUGGAACAACAUUUGAUGGCUCAGCAAUGCGCUGUACUGAAGGAGUAUGGAUGUCCUUAGCGAUUACCAAAAAAUGUAUUUAUGUCGCCUUGGAUUUUGAAGGACUUAAAUCUCUUGAACGGUCACCACAAGAGGAUACGUUUUUAACAUUAUUCAACACUGUGAUAUCAAACCUUAUUCUUUUCAAGAAUCAAUUUGCUGUCAACAGGGAUAUGUCAACAAUGUUCCAAAGAUUCCAAGAUGGUGCUACAUUAUUAAACGAUGAAAAAAUAUUCCAGGCGAAACUUUGCAUCAUAAUUAAAGAUGUACCUAAACAAGAUCGUGAUGGGAUUGUAUCAGAAUUUUCUCUGAGAUUCAGAACAAUGGUUAUGCAGGAAGGAGAAAAUAACUUUAUAACAAAAAUGUAUCCUGGCGGUUUAAAUAUAAAUCCUUGGCCAAUGUUUAAUAAUCCUGAGUGGUUUAAGAGUUUAAGAGAUAUCAAAAAGAUGCUAGAUAAACAAGAGGCAAAAUAUGAGAAUGCGCGAACAUUUUUGCAAAAUACAAAAGUAUUUAUGGCUAAAUUAAAGAUCUGUGAUUGGGGUUCUUUAGAUGAGAAUUUGGUACAAAUCCGUGUAUCUACACUGAAAAGAUUGCUUGAUAUUGCAAUAUCUCUUGGUAUCGAGGAAAAAACGAAUACAAUAGAACAUCUGACGAAUCACGAUACUGGUGAAAUAAUUCUCGAUCAAUUUAUAAAUCUAAUUGAAAUUUUUGAUGACAUUAAGGAUGAAUGUGAAUUGAUUUUGGAUUCAGAUCUUCGUCUUUUAGAUGAAAAUACUGAUUUUGUACCAUUAUCAGCUGAUUUGAGAAUUUACUUUGAAGACAAAGUACAAAAUCGCAGAGAUUGUUCUAAUGAUACUGAAUGGUUUGAAAAAUUAUCAAAAUUCUUUAAAUUUAUUAUUCAGCGGCGAAUUAAUCGUGUACAAGAAUGGUUUCAACAAAAUACCAGCAAGUUUUCGCCUGAUAAUAGUGAUGUUAAAGAUGGUGCAUAUGCACUAGAUCAGUUGAUCAACAGAAUUUCACUGCUUUGGACAUUAUGUGGCCUUUCCUGUCAGGAGUGUAAUUUAAAAUGUCUGAAAAAUCGACAUCAUGAAGAUGCGCAUGACUGUUUGACAGAUCAUAAUUGUUAUGCAACUUGCGAAUUCGUUGAUGCACAUUCGAAUGGUGAAAAGCGUAAUUGCCAAAAGAAAUGUGCAAAAGAAAUAGGCCAUGAAGAUGAAGAACAUAUAUGUCAAUCAAAGCGUCAUAAUUGUGGUGCACCUUGUUCUUUACAAGCCAAUACUAAAAAGGGUUUUUAUAAAUGCCCUAAUAAAUGCAUUAUCCCUUGUGAGGAUGAACAUGAACAACAUUGCUGUGAAAAUGACUCUGCAUGUCCAAUUCAAUGUCCAAUUCCUGAUUGCCAACGACGGUGUCAGAGUACAGAUCACUUUCAUGCUUUGCAGCCACAACAAAUUCAUUUUUGCGGUAAUGAGCAUCAAUGCCAAGAUGAUUGCCAAGAAUUAGGAGUUUGCAGAGUUAUAAAUGAACCGAAAAAACAAGAGGAAGUUUAUCAUGGUUUAGUGCAAGGAACUUCUUUUACAUUUACCAAGUUUAUUCAAUUAAGUGAAAGGAUUAAAUGCUGCAAGAAAAUUCCACCUAAUGCCUUUCAUCACGAGGGAAAACAUUCUCAUGAUGAAGGCGGCUUUCACUAUUGUGAUGCCAAAUCUUCUAUUUCUAUUCUAUGCUAUGUAACAAGUUAUAAUAAAAGAACUUAUAACACUAGAAACUUUUCUAUCAUUGAAGCUUCAGAGUUAGAUCUAUCAGAAUUUGAAAAUAAAGAUGUAGUACUUGCUACUGAGAAUUUCUAUAUUAUUGAAGAUAUAAAUAAAAAUGGCAAAAAAU